UUAGCUUUGUAUACUCAAUGUUGUUACUGGGGCUAAAGUCUAUAAAAGACAAAGCAUUUGCGGUUAUUACAUUUACUUUGAAUUCCAAAAUCACCCGCCAAAAAUGGUAGAGAGGAAAAGAGCCAGAGCUUCCUCGCCUUCGAGCCCUCUCGCCACCGUCGAUGACAUUCAGAGACGCCUCAUGCGACCUUCCUCCUCCUCCACUCCACCGCCGAUCUCAACCUUAUCAUCCCCGCCGAAAGAUCGCCGCGCGCAAAUCCAGAAGCACUCGACGCAGGCGAAGCUGAAAACGACGAAUUAUAAGCUCGAAGAUUACUUGGAUCUGAAUCUGCUCGCGGAUGUGUCUUCGAGAAUCGGCAGCGCGAAGAAGGUUGAAACGACGUCGCUGAAGAAAGAGGUCAGAGAUUUCGAGUGGCCGGUCAACGAGUUGAAGGUGCUGGUUGUGGAGUCGGGCAAGGAAGCUGUGAAUCUCAACGACGACGUGGAUCUGAUCGAGGAAGUUGGGGACGGAGACGCAGAAACCUGUACGGCGUUUCGACGUUUCGAGCGAAGUGCCUUGCGGCGUUUCAGAAUUGUUAUUGGUGAAGAGUAAUUUGCAUAUAUAGUUAUUACUGUAAGGAAAGGGGGUUGGAUUUCAAAAACAAACUCAAAGUCAGGAGCUUGUUGCAUUUAAUUGUCCACGGCUUAUUACCGCUAUAAGCUUCA